AUGAGCCAAGUCCGCCAGCGCAAGACGCAGGCCGAAAAGCCGGCCCCGGCGCGCCCAGCCGAGCCCAAGGCUGCCAAGCCGGACAACGCCCAGCGCAUAAAGUUCGUGGCCGUCGCCCUCGUGAGCGGCCUGUUAGCAUACAACGCUUGGCCAAGUGUACGCGACGCCAUCUGGCCCAAACCCGAAACGCAGACUCGUUCACAGAUGCAAAUGCAGCUGCCAGGGUUACGGUUCGGCUACCUUGCCGAGAAGGACAUUCCGCGCGUGUCGCCCGUCAAGCUCCACCUCGAGGCGGACGAGGCGAAACGCGAGGCGGUGCGCGACGCGUUCAAGUGGAGUUGGGACGCGUACGAAAAGUGUGCGUUUGGGAUGGACGAGCUGCACCCGCUCUCGUGUGGCGGGUCAAACCUCUCGGACGUGGGAAGUAUCGGGUACACUGUUAUCGACUCGCUUGAUUCACUGUUGAUCAUGGGAUUCAAGGACGAAUACCGCCGCGCCGCCGACUGGUGUAAGGAACACCUGGACUUUGACCGCGACGCCACGUUCAACAUGUUCGAGACAACGAUUCGCGUGCUCGGCGGCCUCGAGGCCGCACAUUACCUCACCAGCAUCAGCGAUGACCCCGAGAUCACAGCCGAUGCACCUUUCUACCUCGAGCGCGCGGUUGACCUGGGAGACCGCCUGCUCGGCGCGUUUGAGAGCCCGACCGGCAUCCCCUGGUCCGGUAUCAACUUGCAUACCCGCACCGGCAUUCCCGACCGCGACAACCAGGGCUUUUCUUCACUCGCAGAGGCAACAACCCUCCAGCUCGAGUUCAAGUACCUCUCGCACCUCACGGGUGACAUGGAAUACUGGCGCAAGGCGGAACAAGCCACACGCGCAAUCAAGGGCCAGAUUGUAAACGACGGCAUUGCGCCCAUCUUCAUCUCGCCCGAGAGCGGCGGCUUUGUGCUCUCCGAGAUCCGUCUGGGUUCCCGCGGCGACUCGUACUACGAGUACCUGCUUAAGCAGUACCUCCAGACAAAUCGGGAGGAAACCGUCUAUCGCGACAUGUACGACGAGGCGAUGGCGGGCAUCAAGAAGCACCUCGUCGGGCGUACGAAGAAGAGCGGCCUCAUCUUCACUCAGGAACUGCAUCCCACGCGUCACCCGCAGACCAACCAGCAGUCAUGGGAAGUCGUUCCGAAACAGGACCACCUCGUGUGCUUCCUCGGCGGCAGCUUCCUCCUCGGCGUGACUGAGGGCAACACCCGCGACCUGGACUGGCACGCCCUCGAUCCAAGUGAUAUGGAGGAUCUGGUUGUCGGGCGGGGCAUUAUCGAGAGCUGCGUUGAGACGUACAACACGCCUAGCGGGCUUGGGCCCGAGAUUGCCAUGUUUGUGCGCCAGCACGAGGACCGCGCCGACGAGAUUGACUGGUACAUCAAGCCCGGGGAAAACCUCAUCGACGCGCGUAAUAUCCUGCGUCCGGAGACGGUCGAGUCGCUGUUGCUGGCGUACCGCACCACCGGCGACGAACGGUACCGCGAAUGGGGAUGGCGUAUCUUUGAGGCGUUCCGCAAGCACUGCCGCGUCGAGAGUGGCGGAUAUGCCAUCAUCAAGGACGUGCGCGUCAACCCUCCCCUGCAGGAGGACCGUAUGGAGACGUUCUGGCUCUCCGAGACGCUCAAAUACCUCUACCUCCUAUUUGACGACUCGGACCACAUCCGGCUCGACAAGCACGUGUUCAACACCGAGGCACAUAUCUUGCCUGUCUUCAAGCCGGCCGCCCUGACGGCCUUCUCGACGUCCUAG